ACAACAUGUUCUGUGCCCCAGUCACCGGGAGUUUCAGCGCGUUUCCUGCUCGCUUUCAGCAUCAGGGAAAGGUUCAAAAUGUCUGUCACCAACCACGUGUGGCACACUCAAGCCGUCUCUUCCGAGGAACCUCCUGCUGGGAAAUCUGUGGACGGCUCAGACAGGAACUCCAUGGAAGGACUGGAGUGCGCCAUCUGCUUCAGCUCCUAUGACAACAUCUUCAAGACUCCCAAGCUGCUUGAAUGUCAGCACACGUUUUGCUUGGAAUGUCUGUCCAGGUUAAUGGCCACAAUGCCAGCUGAACAGGCCAGCGAUAUCGUCUGCCCCCUCUGCAGGCAUCAGACGGCGCUGCCUGACAACGGGACCCCUGCCCUCCAAACGAGCCAGGACCUGCUCGCCAAACUCCCUCCACAGCUGCAGCUUGAAGAGCCUGUGUGGGUAGAGGGCAGGAAACUGUGCCAUAAGAAAAGCUCUGCCGAGUCCGGAAGUACUGACUUCUGCAUCUGCAUUGAUAUCGGUGAAGACAAACAGGAGAAUUCACCUCCUGCAACAGACAGUAACAAUGAAGGACGAAAUUGUUUUUCCUUUCUUGGAGACUGGAAGAGACUGGUCCUGUUUAUUGUGGUGUUGCUUAUGUUUGUUGGCAUUGUGUUAUGGCCAGUUCAGUGCAUGAUUGUCACAAGAAAUCUGAGCUGUGCCCCUAACCAACCAGCUACAACACUCGACCCAGCCACCACGCUUGUUCCAUUCAGUACACCUUUUUGACACAACCUGGGCAAGUCAACUGGAAAGAAGAAGUCUACGCUUGUACAUUUUCCCCCAGCUUGAAAGACUCCCAGAUGGGGACUGCAGCUGUUCUUGUACGUAUUCUCAGACUAAUCACAGCAAGACCAAAUCGAGACUGAAGUGGGAUUUUGUUUUAAAGUUUCCUGUCAAGGGAGUCAAGUGACUUUACUGUUGACUGACUUUGUGAUUUGCAUGUACAGAGAUCCAGCCAGAAGAAUUUGCAUUAUCGCAGUCAAGUACUUGAGGGCUUGAUCCAUCAGCUGGUUUGAUGUUCUAUCUGUUGCCACAAGUUGACUGGGAUCAAUUUGCUUGUAUCUGCACUAACCUAUGUGUUUUUUUUAAAGACUUAUUUGAGAAUAUAUUCAGUCCAGAGAACACUGAAAAUCUUUAAGUUAUAGUUAAUUAACAUUCCCUUGGACAGGGAUAUGUAAGCACUUUCAAUGUACAGUAUGUGGUUAUUUGCAAAAUGUGCAAAUCUUUAUAUUUACAGAAAAAAGCUGCAGUUGAUAGGGCAAGGUGGUUCAGAAACAUUACAGAAUUGCAUGAUGUAACCUUAGUAUACAAUGCCACAAUGUGCAAAAUCAGUAGCGUUAAGUAGCAUUUAAGGAAAACUCCAUUUGUGUGAGGAGAGUGGGGGAAGGAAUAUGAUUUACUCUUUGUCACAUAUCACCCUAAUAUCUCACUGGGAAUUGGUGAAACCACUUCUUUUGUAAAGUGCUGUCACACACGUUUGUCUGCUGUACUUGUGUCCAGCAAUAACCAGGCUCAAUAGUCAUGGUUUUACACUGUGACAAUGUAGUCUGUCAAUUCCCAAUCCCCCAAAAUAUAACCAGGAAUCCCCUGGAGGCUUCAGACUUGCCCAAUACCCAAGAUUAAGUUUGGCAUCCUCAGUUUUGUUCUUAAUCUAUCAGCUGACUGGCCUUUGCGUUCCCAGCAAAAUGUUUAUCUGAACAUUGAAUCAGUCCUCUUGUGUAUUGAGGCUUUGGACAAUCUGGUUGCUUAUUUUGGCUUGCUUAAAUGUGAAGUGCUGGCUUUUAUCUAAACUGCACUAACUGCUCCACUUAAUACUGGGUUGAGAUAACUCCUUUACAAAGCUGCUAUGCACCUUUACACAUAAAACAGUUCCCGGCAGAUUCAGGUGAGACUCCAAAUGUUGUAACAUUCCAAAGCCUGCCAAUACAUUUUAAACACUGUCCUUUGGACUGUUAAUGCUAAAUUAUGUUUCUGGGAUGUUUGACUAAAUGAUAACAGCGUCUAGUCAAUGAAAAACAGACCUGGUGUUAACUUUCCAGUUGUGCAAUGAUAUACUUUAAGGCUUGCUUCAAGGAGAAGCACCAAACCAACUGUCUUUUGUUUGACAAAUUAAUUUUUUCAGGUGUGAACUCUUGAAUUAAGAUGCAAUGAAAAAUCAGUACCCAACCUAUCAGUUGAGCUGUCUUCCUGAUUGUUCAACUAGUUUCACAUUAUGGGCAAAACUUUAUUUUUCAGAUGUAGUCCA